AUGAAGCUGCAGAUGGGCGCCCGUGCGGCGGCGCCCUUCUCUGCCUUCGGCGGCGCCCGGGGCGGCGCCGACGCCCGGGGAGACAGGAACGGCUCCGCGUACUACGAGCGGGAGGGUCGCGGAGACCGCGGCGCGCCCGCGGGCGGCGGUGCGGACAGGUACAAGGGCCGCAACGAGAAUUGGGAGAACGACCGGAGGGAUUAUCACAGCAGGUCCUCCCGCAACGACGAGCCCGCGCACAAGCGCCCGCGCACGGAGGGCUCGUGGAGGGACUCGAGGGCGGUGCGCUCACCGCCCCGGAGGCCGGCGAGCGACGCCGCCGCGCCGAGGCCUUCGGCGGGGCCCGCGACCAAGUCGCGGGACAGCGGCGUGAAGCCUCCUUGGGAGGAGCACUUCAGUGAGGAGUACGGCUUGCCUUAUUAUUGGAACAAGCAAACCGGCGAGUCCUCCUGGGAGAAGCCGCGGUGA